GAACUGUUUUUCGGCAAGCUCUUCGAAACCUCUGGUGAUCUUCUGCCUUUUCAGUCGUUUCCGUGAGUUUGCCUCUAGAGUUUUCAAACUAAAUCUUUUUUUGGUCUUCCUGUGGUUUUGAAAUCCGAGUCCUAGUCCUACCAUCAUAGAUAAGCAAUCAACAUGGCUGUUAGAAAUCUUCCCAAAACCUUUAGAAAGCUGGUUGUUUCAAGACUCAGUACGAAUUUCCGUGAAGCGGUCGAGACAGUGUCUGCGAAGAUGCUUGAACCGGGUCCCGAAGAAGUUCUCGUCAAGACAAGGUAUGCAGGCAUUAAUGCCACAGAUAUCAACCACACUGCUGGGCGAUACAAGCCCUGGAAUAAACCACCCUUUGAUGCAGGUCUUGAGGGACUUGGGGAGGUUGUAGCUACUGGUAAAGACUACAAAGGAAAGUUUUCAGUUGGACAGCCAGUAAUGUUCAUGAGAUUUGGCGGCUUUGCUGAAUAUGUAACUUUGACUGAAAAGGAUAUAGUUCCUGUACCAAGAACAAAUCCAAUUUUUCUCACUCUUCCAAUAAGUGGCAUGACAGCUGCUCUAUCUCUUGAGAAGCUCGGAGAAUUAAAAAAAGGCGAGACAGUUCUGGUGACUGCUGCUGCUGGUGGUACAGGACAGUUUGCAGUUCAGUUGGCAAAGCAAGCUGGUUGUCAUGUGAUAGGUACUUGUUCAACAGAAGCAAAAUGUGAUUUUUUAAAGUCAAUAGGUUGUGAUCGGCCAAUAAAUUACAAGACUGAAAGCCUUGACAAAGUAUUAAAUAAAGAGUAUCCGAAGGGAAUAGAUGUCAUCUACGAGUCAAUUGGAGGGGAAAUAUUCGAUACUUGUGUUAACAGGCUGGCGACCAAGGGACGCAUUAUUGUUAUUGGGUUUAUCACUGCCUACAAGUCCCAGCUUGGGUUCAAUCCAUCCAAGACUGGUACACUUUUACCUAAGUUGCUUAUGAAGUCUGGUAGCCUUCGCACAUUUAUGCUGUUUAACUAUCUCUCGGACAUGCCUACUGUAUUCCCGCGUCUCAUAUCCAUGCUAGAGACAGGUCAACUAAGGAUCUCAAUUGAUCGGGGCGAAAGUUCACCCAGGGGGCCCUUUUGUGGUCUAGAUUCAAUAUACGAUGCUGUUGAGUAUCUCCACGACGGUAAAAAUCGCGGCAAAGUGGUGGUGGAGAUUGCCGAAAAUACAAAGAGUCAACUCUAGGUCUGAGGUACACUCGCUGAAGACAGGCAAACCUGGGAAUGGUCACCAUUGGCUCACCAGGGGGGGGGGUGCAGGGAUUUUUCUUGGAGGGGUGCGAAAUACGAAAAA